AUGCUUAGAAACAACGGCUCUGUUGCGAAUAUUUAGUAAACGUAAUCUACGACUUCGUUGUUAUAAGCAUUGGUCAAUUCAAGACCUAAAUCGUCUUAAAAACGAAUCCCGUCUGCCAAAUAUACAAUAGUGUAAUAAAAAAAUAUCCAACGAUGUGAUCCUAAAUUGUCAUUGCCAGAACCUCCAAAAUCAACUCGUACUCUUGACAGCGAUAAAAAAUAAUAACCAUAACAAUAAAAGAAACUUACACUAAUACAAAGAACUAUGUAAAAUAAACCAUAAGAACGCUAACGAAUCAAUAGUUCAGGAUAAAAAGAAGUACUAAAAGAAAAAGAGGAGUCUUAGUAAACUAUACCUGACAUUGAAAUUCCUAAACCAGUAACCAUAUUUGCACUCUCUGAAUAAGAUUAAAAUACUUCUGAGUCAAAAUGUACAACACCAUUAAUGUCUCCUCCAACAUCUGCUCCUUUAUCUAAAUAUGUUAUGCGUCUCUCCAAGGGUGCUAAUAUCAUACCUAAAAAAUAGUAAGAUCGAAAAAGGAUGAAUAGUCCUAUCAGAAGAGCUACUAAAGAAAAUAUUUAUACACCAAUUCCUACUAUGAGUAGGGAAACAAAAAUGAAAAUGAGGAGUGUUUCUCCAGAUCGAAGAUUAAUACCUAAAUAAAGUUUAGGACCUCAAUCACCUUAUGUUGAUUUCGAAUACUAUAUGAGUUUCUUAAGAUAUUUUAAUAACAAAUUAUCUAAAACUGAAAUCAAAUAACUAUUUAACCUAAAAACUAAUUAAUACUUUUUAGACAUUUACUAAGAUCAUUUUUAAUAAAGCUAUCAUGCAUUAUAAUAUUGUAAAGAUAUUGUUAAACCAUCAAUAAAUGCAAUAGCUAAUAAAAUUGUCAAUUUGCCAGAUAAUAAAUGUAAUUACUUAAAAUUUAUUUAGACAAAAAAACUAUUGUUUUUGAUUUAGAUGAAACUUUAAUUCAUUGUUAAGAAUCUAAUGAUGAUCCAUCAGAUACUGUGUUAACCAUUAAAUUUCCUACUGGAGAAACAGUUCAAGCUGGAAUCAACCUUAGACCUUAUUGUAGAGAAAUGUUGGCCAUACUGAGUCAAAAGUAUGAAAUUAUAGUAUUUACUGCUUCACAUGAAUGUUAUGCUUAGAAAGUCAUUAAUUACAUAGAUCCAGACAAAAAAUGGAUUCAUCAUAGAUUUUUUAGAGAAAGUUGUGUUGUUGUUGAUGACAGUCUCCAUAUUAAAGAUUUAAGAGUACUGGGAAAUAGAAAUCUAAAAGAUCUAGUCUUAGUUGACAAUGCUUCCUAUUCUUUUUGCUUUUAAAUUGAAAAUGGGAUACCUAUAAUUCCUUUUUAUGAUAAUAGUUCAGAUAGAGAAUUAUAAUAUCUGACUACUUAUUUACUUGAGUUGAUGUAAGAAUAGGAUAUUCCCUCGAAGAAUUUAUCAAAAUUUAAAACCAAUUUAUAUUAGGAAUUAACGAUUGAGCAUCUAUUAAAUACUAUUUGA